CAGCCGUGGCCCGGCGGCCUGGGACAGAGUCAGAGUCAACGGUGGCAGCGGCGGCGGCGGCGGCUGCCGCGGCGGUGGCGACGGCCGCGGGGACUCGGAGCUGAGAGGAGCUGCUGCUCGGACCAGCGCGGUUAUAUUUCACACUAUGUGCUGACUGUAUCUACAGAAGAUAUUUAAAAAAAAAGAUAAACUUUUUUUCAAAGAUUUUGAUUCCAGUGGAAUCUUUGCUUUAGAUUUGUGUGUGUGUUUGUGUUCGUGAAUUGUAACUCCAGAAGCAAUGCCUGUACAAGCUCCACAAUGGACGGAUUUCCUCUCCUGCCCAAUUUGCACUCAGACUUUCGACGAAACAAUUCGAAAGCCCAUCAGUUUGGGUUGUGGCCAUACUGUCUGCAAGAUGUGCCUAAAUAAACUCCACCGCAAGGCUUGCCCAUUUGACCAGACCACUAUCAAUACAGACAUUGAGCUCCUCCCUGUGAACUCAGCAUUGCUGCAGCUUGUGGGUGCUCAGGUCCCUGAGCAGCAGCCGAUUACUUUGUGUAGUGGGGUGGAAGACACAAAGCAUUAUGAAGAAGCCAAGAAAUGUGUAGAAGAAUUAGCAUUGUACUUAAAACCGCUCAGCAGUGCUAGAGGAGUGGGUCUGAACAGCACUACUCAGAGUGUUCUGAGUCGCCCAAUGCAGAGGAAGCUUGUGACUCUGGUCCACUGUCAACUAGUAGAAGAAGAAGGCAGGAUUCGUGCCAUGAGGGCAGCUCGAUCUUUAGGUGAACGGACAGUUACAGAGCUCAUUCUCCAGCACCAGAAUCCUCAGCAGCUCUCCUCCAAUCUUUGGGCAGCAGUAAGGGCUAGGGGCUGCCAGUUCCUUGGACCAGCAAUGCAGGAGGAAGCUUUAAAGCUGGUUCUGCUGGCCUUAGAAGACGGUUCUGCUUUGUCAAGAAAAGUAUUGGUUCUCUUUGUGGUGCAAAGGUUGGAGCCACGGUUUCCUCAAGCCUCUAAAACUAGCAUUGGGCAUGUUGUUCAGCUCCUUUAUAGAGCCUCCUGUUUCAAGGUCACCAAACGCGAUGAAGACUCUUCUUUGAUGCAGCUGAAAGAAGAAUUUAGAACCUAUGAAGCUCUGAGGCGAGAACAUGACUCCCAGAUAGUGCAGAUUGCUAUGGAAGCCGGCUUACGAAUUGCACCAGACCAAUGGUCCUCUUUGCUUUAUGGAGACCAGUCUCAUAAAUCUCACAUGCAGUCCAUUAUUGACAAGUUGCAGACACCAGCCUCUUUUGCACAGAGUGUUCAGGAACUAACAAUUGCUCUCCAGCGGACUGGAGACCCAGCAAACUUGAACCGACUAAGACCCCAUUUGGAGCUGUUAGCAAACAUUGACCCUAGUCCAGAUGCUCCUCCUCCUACGUGGGAACAGCUGGAAAAUGGGCUGGUUGCUGUGCGUACAGUGGUACAUGGGCUGGUUGAUUAUAUCCAGAACCACAGCAAAAAAGGAGCAGAUCAGCAGCAGCCUCCACAGCAUAGCAAAUACAAAACAUACAUGUGUCGAGAUAUGAAGCAGAGAGGAGGAUGCCCUCGUGGGGCCAGCUGUACGUUUGCACACUCACAGGAGGAACUGGAAAAAUUUCGCAAAAUGAACAAGCGCCUGGUUCCGAGAAGACCCUUGAGUGCCUCUUUGGGUCAACUUAAUGAGGUGGGCCUGCCUUCAGCAACUAUCCUUCCAGAUGAAGGUGCAGUGGAUCUCCCUAACAGAAAACCGCCUGCUCUGCCAAAUGGAAUUGUAUCAGCAGGGAAUACAGUAACACAGCUUAUUCCACGAGGGACAGACCCCAGCUAUGAUUCUAGUCUAAAACCAGGAAAAAUAGAUCAUCUGAGCAGUAGUGCUCCUGGAUCUCCUCCUGACCUGCUAGAAUCUGUCCCUAAGAGUAUUUCUGCCUUACCUGUGAAUCCACAUCCUAUACCUCCAAGGGGGCCAACAGAUCUGCCUCCAAUGCCUGUCACCAAACCACUUCAGAUGGUACCUCGAGGUUCGCAGUUAUAUCCAGCACAACAGACAGAUGUUUAUUAUCAGGAUCCUCGAGGAGCGGCUCCACCAUUUGAACCAGCACCUUAUCAGCAGGGUAUGUAUUAUACUCCACCACCACAAUGUGUGUCCCGCUUUGUCAGACCUCCACCAUCUGCUCCUGAACCUGCUCCUCCCUACUUGGAUCAUUAUCCACCUUACCUCCAAGAUCGUGUUGUAAACUCUCAGUAUGGCACACAGCCACAGCAGUACCCACCUAUAUACCCAUCUCACUAUGAUGGCCGUCAAGUGUACCCUGCUCAGUCGUACACGAGAGAAGAGAUAUUCCGAGAAAGCCCUAUACCCAUUGAGAUUCCACCUGCAGCAGUACCAUCCUAUGUACCAGAAUCCAGAGAAAGAUACCAACAGAUCGAGAGUUACUAUCCAGUGGCUCCUCAUCCACCUCGGAUCAGAGCUUCGUACCUCAGAGAACCACCUUAUAGCCGGCUUCCUCCUCCUCCCCAGCCUCAUCCUAGUCUAGAUGAACUACAUCGCCGACGAAAGGAAAUAAUGGCCCAGCUAGAAGAAAGAAAGGUUAUCUCUCCACCUCCUUUUGCACCGUCACCAACCUUGCCUCCUACCUUUCAUCCAGAAGAAUUUUUGGAUGAAGACUUGAAGGUAGCUGGGAAAUACAAAGGAAAUGAUUAUAGCCAGUACUCUCCCUGGUCAUGUGACACCAUCGGCUCCUACAUUGGAACCAAAGAUGCAAAACCCAAAGAUGUUGUGGCAGCAGGGAGUGUGGAAAUGAUGAAUGUGGAGAGUAAAGGAAUGAGGGACCAACGAUUAGAUCUUCAGAGAAGAGCAGCAGAAACCAGUGAUGAUGACCUCAUCCCAUUUGGAGACCGACCAACAGUGUCUCGGUUUGGUGCCAUCUCACGAACUUCCAAAACUAUAUAUCAGGGUGCUGGUCCAAUGCAGGCUAUGGCACCUCAGGGAGCUCCUGCAAAACCUAUUAACAUUUCGGAUUAUAGUCCAUAUGGAACCCACAGUGGCUGGGGAGGUUCUCCAUAUUCACCUCAUCAAAACAUACCAUCUCAGGGACACUUCAGUGAGAGGGAGAGAAUAUCUAUGUCAGAAGUGGCCAGUCAUGGAAAACCCCUUCCAUCUGCUGAGAGAGAACAGCUACGACUAGAAUUGCAGCAAUUGAACCAUCAGAUUAGCCAGCAGACCCAGCUACGUGGACUAGAGGCUGUUAGUAACAGGCUGGUGUUGCAGAGGGAGGCAAACACCCUGGCAGGCCAGUCGCAGCCUCCACCACCACAACCUCCAAAAUGGCCUGGAAUGAUCUCAAGUGAGCAGUUGAGCUUGGAACUGCACCAAGUGGAAAGGGAAAUCGGGAAGAGAACACGGGAACUGAAUAUGGUGAGUGUUACACAGGGAGAAGAGGGGGAAGGUGAAAUGAAAUCUUUCAUAGAAAACAAGGGACAACCAGAACUACAAAACAAGGUUCCGACUGAGGAUCUUACAUUGACAUUCAGUGAUGUACCAAAUGGAUCAGCCUUGACACAAGAGAAUAUCAGCCUCCUAUCAAACAAGACCAGCUCUCUGAACCUAUCAGAGGACCCUGAGGGAGGUGGGGAUAAUAAUGACUCCCAGAGAUCAGGAGUUACUCCCAGUUCUGCUCCUUAAAAUAUGAAGAGUCCUACUUUUAUCUUCUGCUCCUAAUCAGUUUGUCGGCCAUAGGGGUAGGAGAACGGAUAACUUCUAAACUUUUUCUCUUAAGAGCAGUCAGAGAAAUCCAGGAAAUUCACCAGAGGCAAUGUGCACAAACACCACUACUAAAAACACACCCUGCACAUAGUUCACAUUAAUGCAUUUUUUUAAUUUAAAGAAAAAGAAAAUUAGCAGUAUCUGCAAGCAAUUCAGAUUAAAUUUGUUUUUGUUCUGUGAAUGAACUUUAUUUUAAUAACUUUGGACGCCUUGGAUCCAGGGCUUUAAAAAAAAAAGAUAUUAUAUAUACACUCUGUUUGAUUAAUUGUAUGAUCUUAAUGAAGUAGGUUUUUCUUGUAUUUUGGUAUUAUUACAUACCCAGUGUAUAAUUCCUUACCCCCAAUCCUUAUCAGUUCUCACCACCCCAUAAACUUAAAACAGACCAAAAACGUCAGCUUUUGGAGAAUUCUGCGAUGCUUGAGAAACAGACAGUAAUAGACUGAGUUAUUAGAAAAUGUGCAGCAAACCAACUUUUCCCAGAGCUGUUAUUUGGAAUUCUUUAUCCCUGUCUAGAUCACUAGUUUCAUUGGAUAGGAAUGCUUUUCUUGACAUUGAAACUUUUGUUUGAUUGUUCAGGAAGGUUUUAUUUUUUUUUAUUUUAACUUUUCAGAGAGAGAAUUACCAAUUUUUGAAGUCCUUAUUUUCAUAUUAAGGAUCAUUUGCAUUCUCUUAAUAUAAUUAGAAAGCUGAUUCAGUGUUCAGUUGUUUAAUUAGAUUUAAACGGUGAUUAAGAAUGACUGUAACUUAUUAGUACUGAAAAUACAUGUUUGGUGUUUUGCCUGCAUUCAGCUCAUGGUUGGAAAUUUGGAGCAGUGCUUUUCAAAUUAAACUUUUGCUGAAAUCAUAGGAUGCUCAAAAACAAGGACAAUCAACUAUAUUUUAAAACUGCAACACUUCAUUUGAACUUAAAAUGAAUAGAGCCACAUUAUUUCAAUAGAUGUUUUUGUUUUACUUGUAAACUGAUUUCGUCUUAAGGAUAGUUUAUGAAUUGAUUACUUGUUAUCCAGAAUCAUUAGUAUAAGUAGGUAGGAAAUAGUUUGAAGUCAUUUUUCAUAGAUUUUGCUGCCCACUAUUGAAAAUGUUUCUUCAUGAAAAUGUUGAAAAGAGUUAAGGAUUUUUUGUUUUUAUUUAAUUCUGCUGCACAUAUUCUGAUGCCAUGUGUCUGUGCUUAACUACGACCCUGUAAAACAUGUUUAGUGGGGGCUGUUUGAUAGAGUUGCCCUCUCCAUCCCUCUAUUUGCCCAAUUUUUUCAGUUUCCCUUUCUGGAUUAUACUACUAAAUUAGAAAGCACUGGUUAUGUAAUAAGUUACUGCAUUGCUUUGGUUGGGUAAAAACAAGAGUUUAUAUUUUUCUUGUUUCUUAUUUUCUUAACCCUUAACUCCUGCUGAGGUCAUAACAACCUCAGUCUAAGCUCUGUGUCCAUCAUACUGUUAACUUAAACAAAUGGGUGGUGGGGGCGGGAAGGGUAAUACAGUCCUGCCAUUGCCUACCAGUAGGAGAGUCCAAACAGAACACUCUUUUGAGUAGCAAUUAUUUAAUUUGCCCAGUCAAGGCACCGUGUUUAUAUACUAUUUCACAUUGAAUUUGAUUAUGCCCUACAGACCUGGCUGGUCAAGGAUUUGAUAUACACAUAUUGGCUUGGGAUUCGAGCUUUCUUUUUUAUUUAAAUAAAAAUUUAUAUAUAUAUUAUAUAUAUACAUAUAUACAUAGCUAUAUCUGUAUAUAUAUUGGGUAUGUUUUAAGGAUUUUUUCGCAUGAGCGCAGCUGUUGCGAUAAAUUGACCGAUUGGGAAGUGGUAGAAGCACUGAAUGAAGAUGAGGCAUUUUUUUUUCAGUUGACUUAUGCAUUUUUCUUUCUUUCUUUCUUUUUUAAAAAAUGCUUUUGACGUUUUAUUUUAUUAUUAUUAUUAUUUUUUGAUUUUGUUUGCUUUUUGACUUUCACUUAAAACCCUUUCACAUUUACACUUUAAAUGCCUAUUGUUUAUUGGGAGAAGGAAAGAAAUUUAUGUAUGUCUGACAUAGUCCCAAGGUUUUUCAUUUAUCUGCAUAACUGUAAAAGGCAACAUUAUCGGCCUCCAACCUUCUUUUUUUUUGAGACAAGAGUGUCACUCUGUUGCCAGGCUGGAGUGCAAUGGCGUGAUAUCAGCUAACUGCAACCUCUACCUCCUGGGUUCAAGCGAUUCUCCUGCCUUAGCCUUCUGAGUAGCUGGGAUUAUAGGCACAUGCCAUCGCACCCAGCUAAUUUUUGUAUUCCAACCUUCUUAUAGGCAGAUUUGGAUCAAUUUACUUCUCCUUUGAAUAUGUUAGAUCAUCCUAAAUUUUAGAAGCAAUUGAUUCACUUUGAUUCACUUUGGAAUUCAGAAUGAUUCUUGUAUUAGAAGAUAAUUUGUGGGUAUUGAUUUCUGUUUAAGUUUACGAUAAAAGUAAAGAUUGAAUUGGGGUAGCAAUUGAAACCCCUAAUAGCUCAAUUUCUGUUAUUCUUGUUCUUAUUUCCUUUAAAUAUUCUUGUUCUUGUCUUUUACCAUUUUGAUUCUGUGAAGUAGGCAGGAACAGGGAUUAGUCUAUACAGUAUUCCUGUUCUGAACAAAACCAGAAAGUCACUGUAUAAACUUGACUUAAAAUAGUAUCUUUCUCUUUUCAUGUACUUUCAUUUAGGAGGAGAAAAAGUCUCUUCAAUUGCAACCCAAAUUCAAAAGGUACCCCUCCUUGGCCCUACACUCUAGAGCUAAUCUGGUUGGGUAGCAAAUCACAAGAAUGGUAUAUUAUCCCAUUGUGCCUACAAUGUAUUUUAAAUUAGUCAUUCUGCCUUACCUAAUGGAAAUUCUUGCAACUUUCCUAGUGCUCAUCAAUGGUUUUAGGAAUUCACGAACAGCCCCAAAAUUUGGGGGUUUUUUCCCUUUCCUUUUUUCUGUGAUAUCAUGAGCCUGUAAGGACAAGUGGCAUAUUUGGGCAUAACUGCUUGACUUUGUAACUACUUUUCUAAAAUCAAAAUCUGAAAGGUAUCCAUUCCUUCUGGCUUUUAAAUUUUUUUUUCAAGAGACAAAGAUUAAACCAGAUAUGAAAUACAGUUUCUAUGCUUUCUACUUAUUAAAAUAUUAGUUUCUUCUAAAUAUUACUUUAUUUGUAUUUCACUAAAUUCAAAAGCAAAAAUUGGCCAUCUGAAACGAACAAUUCUGAAUAGGUUAAGUUAGGAGUAAUAAGCAUUGUGUUCACUCAUUUAUAGGUAAGGGAAUUUUAUUUAUAGUGAGAAUUAUAAAAGUACUUUGACUUACUCUUUUUUUCAAGGAGUCUCUAGAAAAGGGUAGAAGAACAGAAAAUAAGACACCUAGAUUCAAUUUCUGUUUUAUGUGUAGCUCUUUUGCAUAAUUUACACAUAAUAUUGUCACAAGAUAAGUCCAAUAGCUGUCCUGUCUUGGAUAAUUCAGAGGCUGAAGUGACCAAAGAUCCAUUACUUAUUACUUUUCUAAUUAAAAGUUAGCAUAAAUUUCUAGUAAUAUUAUUCUAGGUAUUGAUAAGACACUAUUCCUAAUGCCAACGACAAAUAUUCAACUACUCAGAAUGUAUUUUAAAAAUGGUUUAGUACAGCAUUAAUGUUGGUGUCUCCUUGCUCCCAUCUUAUUUCCCUUCCCUUCCAUUCUUUCCCAUGUAUUUCUUUUGCCUGAAAGACAGAAUAUUGGUAUGAUUCUCAUUUGCUACUUUGAGUAUAAAACUUCAUCAGACUUUCCAGAGUUCUUCAGGGAUGGAGCUCAAAGUUUACAUUUUUCCAUAAAUGUCUUUUUUUCUUGACCUUUUUCCACCCUGUAAUUUCCCCUUGACUUACCCAAUGCCCUCCCCAAUCUGCAACAGUGACAGUUUGCUGCCUCAAAACAGAGCAUUCAAAUGAAUUCGCUUAGCCAAUAACUUCUGUGAAGUUGCCUUUUCUAAUGGUGUUAUUACUCAGUGAUGCACAAAUGUGGUAUUUGCCCUACUGGUAGGCAAACAAAGGUCUGGUUAAGAAUGGUAACCUGCUGUUUUCUUUAAAGGAGAGCCAAAGACUUGUGCUUUACUCUGUUUUGGUUUUGGGGGAAGUAGUAGCCAUUUUGAUCGUGAAACCUUUUAGUAUUUGUGAGUUGAUUGUACUGUGUAAGUAGAUUUAUCUAAAGUUAACUGUUAAAGUUAGCUAGCCUUAUAAAAUGUAAAAGUAAUGAAAAUUCAUCAGUUUCUCUAAACCAGUGAAUAUCAUCUUUUAUAAUAUUGUGUGUAAGCAUUUGUGCCCACCCCAACUUCUGUUAUCACUGUGGUCAAGUCAUGGGUCUGAGUAAAAUAAUUCUUGAGUAUGUGACUGGUGAGAAAUAACUACUAUAGUCAGUACAUGUACAAAUUGUUAAAAUUAAAGAAAAAUUAUUUUCACUAAAAAGAAAAAGCAUUUGUCUCAGUAAAGAAGUAUUCAGUUUACACAGCUCCUUGGAAACCCACUCAGAAAAAAAGAAAAAGAAGUAUUUAGUUGCUGUCACUUAUAUACAAAUGGUGGUGGGUAGCAGUCUCACCAUUUUUCUACUCUCUUUUUGCUCGUUUUAAAGAAUUGAGUAAAUGUUUUACAUGUAAAAUCUGUCUGUAAAAAGCACCUGUAACGAUUAUAUGUCAUUGAAAGGAAUGGGGAAGUUACUUUUUAGGAGAGAUUAAUAACCUAUCUGGAAAUUUAGGGACUACAGUGUUUACUUAGAUUUUUCCCCCUGCAAAGAGUCUAAGUGUGUUAAAUUUUUAAUUGAUGAUAAGGUGAUUUCUUCCCCUGAAAAAUCUGCCUAUCCUUUUAAGAAAAAUUAGAGCUACUAAACUAAAGCAAAUUUUACUUUCAUCAUUAGCUCUUGAACAAGCAAGAAGUCUACUACUGUCAUUAUUUUACCAGAGUGCCCACCUUUCUACCUUGGACAGCUAUGAUUUUUAUAUUUAUUUGUAGCUUCAGCUCAGGUUUAUGAAAUUUUCCUGCUGAAAUGACUUACUGGGAGUUGUAGAUUGAUGAUAGUUACUAUUAAAAAAUUUCUCAAUUUAGCUUUUCUGAGCCACUUCAAAAAGAAAGCUGUUUUGUCAAAAGGUAGUAUUAAUUGUAGUAAGCACAUCUUAAGAUUUGAAUUUUUAAGAUUCGGUUCUGUGUUCACUAAAGAUCUUUUCACAAGUAACAGAUUAUAAUCGAUAAGUAAUACUAGCUAUAGUACUAAUAAAGAAUAAGAAACUAUCACCACCAGGAAUAAAUAACACCUUUUUAUAAUAAAUGUGUUCCUAAAAGGUAUGUUUUCAAUACUGCACUGAACAAAGUGGGUAAAGUGCCCUUUGAAAUCCUGUUGUAAUAAAGGAGCUUACCUCACCACUGGAAUCCUUGUUUUCAGAGCCUCUGGAUUUUCAGCCAAACACUGAAUUCCUCCUAAACUUUAUCCCUGAACAAAACAUCACUAGAGAACAAACUUUAUUUUCACAAGAAAAUAAGGCACAAUAAGGGGGAAGAGCUUAAACCUCAAGAUAAUAUUGUGUCCAAAAGUGUGUAGUUAGAAAAAUAAAAUCCUGUGGAGUUUGUUAUCCUCAUGUUUAUUUUAUACUAGAUGAUUUGUUUCCUUGUAUUGAGGUCUUACUGUUUCAGAUUGGUUUUGGUUUUUGUUUCUGUUCUAACUCUAAGCAGACAGAGCUCACAAGUCUUUGGCAUCCGUUUUAGGUUGUACACUCAGAGUCAUCUUAUAACUGGAAACUGUCAGGUGGUCCCCACCCCAAUGAGUGUAUGAAAGGGUCAAGAAAAGGAUGGAAACAAACUAUUGGAUGGAUAAUUGGUUGCUGGGUGUUUUUUUGUUUUUUUGUUUUUUUUUUGGCCUCUUUUUUAAAAAUCACCAUUUAUUAGUGUGAUCUCUCUCCAUUGAUUGGCUGUCAUUCUCCUAAUAGCUGAACUACCCGAUAAAAUAGUUCUCUGAUUUAAAGGCAUUUAGCUUUUGCUUAUGGUUUUUACAUCCUCUGUUCAACUAAGACACUGUCCUGAGAGAUACUUUUUCCAGAUGGAUCGUUGCCUAAAUUUUCACACUUCUCCCCUGUUCAUCCUUUUUUCUCUUCCCACUUCCUGGGAAUAAAAGGAACUUUUUUUUUUUUAAAUGGUCCAUAGGCCUCAUUAUCUUUCUUUAUAAUUACUCUAUGACUUCUUGGUACAAGAACAAUGGAAAAAGUGAAUUAAGGUAAUGAACAAAACCUUUUACCCACUUAAACAUUUUCCAGUUUUGAGAUUCCUCUUCGUGUGUGUGGUCUCUUCCCCUUGUUACCCCUGCUGCCCUUUUGCUCUGACUUUGGUAAUUUGGUCUUUAGGCUCAUACCAGUCUCCCCGAGACAUUCUGCAGUCAUUAUCACCUUUUUGGGUGGAUUUUAUUUGUUUUAUUUUUAUUUUUUAUUUUUUUUUAAUAACUUCUUAACAUUGGUGCAUAUUUGCUUGGGAUAGAGCUUGUGUAAUUUACCAAUCGUAUUGAUUGUAAGUGAUUGUGCCCUGCAGAGGUAUAUUUAACAAGACAAAAAUAAUCUAGGUUAAUAAAGGAGCCCAUGAGAUUUGAGUCAGGUUAUAAGUGACUUUAUGAAAUCACUUACAGUUUUGGCUAGAAUUUAUAUCUCCUUUUAUAAGUCAGUGGUAGACACACCAUUUUUUAAAGUUUUCUUGCAUUUUUGUUUGUUUUUUUAUUGCCUCAGCUCCCUAUUGUUUCUUGCCUGCCUCCACCCACGUGUUCAGGAAAAAAAAAAAAAAUUGAGACUUAACAUGACAGCUGAUUUUUUUAAUUGCUGAAUUUUGUGAAAUUUUACUUUUUCCAAGUGUUUCCAACUUUAAAGAGGGAAGUGAAGACAAAUAGGUUGGAAUGGCGAAGACGAAUGGGUUGGAAUUUCACAAGCUGUGAAUAAUUCCUUAGGAUCUGGCAAACUGUGAAGUCUUACUGAAGACAUUAUCUCCUGAGAGUUCUUUUGGAGUAGGAAAAAGAACCCUAUUUGAAAUGGAGCGUUUUUCUCUUGUUUUUAAUCUGUUUAAUAUUUCUGAUUUUUAAGCAGCUUUCAAAACAAGUGUGGUGGAAAAAAAGGAAUAGUAGGAAAAUAUUUAGGGCAGCAGAACUUUGGUCUAAAUAAGUACAUGUUCCCACUUGUUGCUGAUUUUUUAGAGUACUAGUGCCAUCUUUUUCAAUUUUGUAUUAUUUGUGUGCAUGUUUAUAUCAAAGAUGCCCAUUUUGUUAAAAUGCUAUUUCUUUAUUACCUUGGAAACUGACUCAGCCUCAUGUUGCUCCUAAUUAGUGUUUAAGGCUCCCAUGAGUUGCAGAUAAAAGGAUUUAUUUUAACAAGUAGAAGGAGGUGAUUCACCUUUUGGAUUGUAAAUAUAUGAAAGUGUCUACAAGGUCUUUAUCUGCUUUCUGUCAGCAUUUAUAUUAAAUGAUAAAUUAAUGAGGAA